GCCUCUCACCUGAUCUCCACUCGAUGGAGCAGAUUCGCCGAAUCAUGCGCCCGACGGACGUGCCCGACACCGGGCUCCUCUGCGACCUCCUCUGGUCCGACCCGGACAAGGACGUGCAGGGCUGGGGCGAGAACGACCGCGGCGUCAGCUUCACCUUCGGUGCCGACGUGGUGACCAAGUUUCUGCACAGGCACGAUCUCGACCUGAUCUGCCGCGCCCACCAGGUGGUGGAGGACGGCUACGAGUUCUUCGCCAAGCGCCAGCUGGUCACCCUCUUCAGUGCGCCCAACUACUGCGGCGAGUUCGACAACGCCGGGGGGAUGAUGUCCGUCGACGAGACGCUAAUGUGUUCCUUUCAAAUAUUGAAGCCAUCGGAAAAGAAGGCAAAGUACCAGUACGGUGGACUUAAUUCGGGCCGUCCAGUGACUCCGCCUCGAGCGCCGGCGAUUAAGAAAAAAUGA